GACGUCGCGGCGCGCGUGACGCGAGCAUCCCGCGACGGGCGGGGGGCGCGGCCGGCGCGGCCGUUUCGAAGCGGCGCCGAGAGGAGACCCGGCCCGGCCGGCCCGGCCCGCCGCCGGCAUGGCGCCCGGGAAGGCGCUGCAGCCCGUGCUGAAGAUGAAGGUGGACGAGCUCUUCCUGCACUGGCUGAGCGAGCCGGGCACGCAGCGCCUGCUGCACGCCUGCCUGCGCCGCCUGCGCGCCCCCCGCGACCCCCGGGCCGGCGCGGGACACUCGGGCGGCGCGCCCGGGGCACCCCCGCCGGACACGCCGCCCCCGCCGGACACGCCGGACACGCUUCAGCCCCCGCCGGACCCGCCGGACCCGCCGCAGCCCCCCCUGCAGCCCCCCCUGCAGCCCCCGCUGCAGCCCCCGCAGCCCGCGGCGCCCAGCCCGGAAGCCGCCAGGAGCGCGCCGCACGCGCGGGGACCCCGCCGGUCGGCAGGGACGCGAGCGGAGUGAGGGAGCAAGUGUCCAGUGGUCAGCUCCCCGGGAAGACAGCAGCCUUGCUGCCCAGCAGGACGCAGGUGCGGGGACAUCUCCCAGGACAUCCUGCUGGUCUGUCCUUUACCCCGUGUGCCCACAUCCGUGUGCUCCCCAGUCCGCUGGCUCCCUCUGCCCUGCCCCUGCCGCGCAGGGUGCCCAGCGCCCCCGUGCCGCCCGGCACCAGGCUCUGCUCUGCGUCCCGUGCAGGGCUGGCCGGCCGCGGUGUGCUGUCCCUCCCGGCCGGCGGGGCCGCUGCUCCUUGCCCACGCGGCGCCCGCCUCCUCCCCUCGCGCCUGUGCCCUCCCCAGCCUGUGGAAUGCGCGCGGCCCGGGCCGGCCCCCAGAGCGCCCGGCCGGCGACGCAUGGAGCGCGCUGAGCCCGGCCCAGGCCGCCCCGGACACAGCUGCCGCCUCGAGCCCGCCGGCCCCGGCCUCCCGCAGCGCGGCCCCGGCCCCGGCCCGCGCCGGCCCCUGCGCGCCGACACCAUGCGCCUGCGGGAGCUGUCGCUGCGCCAGGACCCCGACCUGCGCCAGGAGCUGGCCGCGCUGGCCCGCGGCUGCGACUUCGUGCUGCCGUCCCGCUUCAAGAAGAGGCUCAAGGCCUUUCAGCAGGUCCAGCGCAGGAGGGAGGAGCCCCUGCCGCCCGCCCCCAGCCGGGACAUCCCCACCUUCUACUUCCCCAGGGGCCGCCCCCAGGACACCGUCAACGUGGACGCCGUCAUCGCCCACAUCGAGAGGACCUUCGCCGACUUCCCGCAGGAGAGGGCCACCAUGGACGACAUGGGCCGCGUGGCCAAGGCCUGCGGCUGCCCGCUCUACUGGAAGGGCCCGCUCUUCUACGGCGCCGGCGGAGAGCGCACGGGCUCCGUCUCCGUGCACAAGUUCAUCGCCAUGUGGAGAAAGGUUCUGCACAGCUGCCACGAUGACGCCGCCAAGUUUGUGCACCUGCUCAUGAACCCCGGCUCUAACUACCUGGUCCAGGAGGACUUCAUCCCCUUCCUUCAGGACGUGGUGAACUCCCAUCCUGGCUUGUCCUUCCUGAAGGAGGCGUCGGAGUUCCACUCACGCUACAUCACCACUGUGAUCCAGAGGAUCUUCUACACAGUGAACAGGUCCUGGACGGGCAGGAUCACCUGCACAGAACUGCGGAGGAGCACCUUCCUGCAGAACGUGGCGCUGCUGGAGGAGGAGCCGGACAUCAACCAGCUGACGGAGUUCUUCUCCUACGAGCACUUCUACGUCAUCUACUGCAAGUUCUGGGAGCUGGACACUGACCACGACCUGCUCAUCGACGCCGAAGACCUCGCCCGGCACAACGACCACGCCAUCUCCACCCGGAUGAUCGAGAGGAUCUUCUCAGGGGCCGUGACACGGGGUAAGAAGGUGCAGAAGGAAGGGAAGAUCAGCUACGCCGACUUUGUCUGGUUCCUGAUCUCUGAAGAGGACAAGAAGACCCCCACCAGCAUCGAGUACUGGUUCCGCUGCAUGGACUUGGACGGGGACGGAGCCCUGUCCAUGUUUGAGCUGGAGCACUUCUACGAGGAGCAGUGCCGCAGGCUGGACAGCAUGGCCAUCGAGGCCCUGCCCUUUGAGGACUGCCUCUGCCAGAUGCUGGACCUGGUGAAGCCGCAGACUGAAGGGAAGAUCACCCUGCACGACCUGAAGAAGUGCAAGCUCGCCGGCGUCUUCUUUGACACCUUCUUCAACAUUGAGAAGUACCUGGACCACGAGCAGAAAGAACAGAUCUCCCUGCUCCGGGACAGCGACAGCGAAGGCCCCGAGCUCUCGGACUGGGAGAAGUACGCUGCCGAGGAGUACGACAUCCUGGUGGCGCAGGAGGCUGCGGGAGAGGCCUGGGACGACGGGUACGAGGCGGAGCUGAGCCCCGUGGAGCAGAAGCUGAGCUCGCUGCGCCCGGCGCUGGCCCAGAGGCCCUUCUUCGAGUCCGAGAGCCCGCUGGGUGACGUCGAGCUGUACGAGUACGAGAGCGAGGACGAGGACGAGGCCCUGCCGCCCUCCUGAGCCUGCCGUCUCCUCGCGUGCCGCCCUCCUGAGCCCGCCGUCUCCGCGUGCCGUGACGCAGGCGCUGGCCGUGGGGCUGCUUGUCUGCGGUGCUCGGUGUCAUUUACUCGGCGUGGAAACUGCCCCCAGUGGCUCAGCAGUGGGUGUGUCCCACCCAUCGGGGGCGCUCGGACCCCAGGCCGGGCCUGGCGGGAGAGACAGUGGCCUCUGGGCGCCCGAAGGUGAGGGCCUUGGGCCCAUGCCCAGCCACUGUGCCCCCCCUGUUGCGGCCCAGCACUGCCGGGUCCAUGCUCGGGGGUAGCUGAGGCCUCGUGGCCCCGGGAGCACCCCCGCCACCUGCACCCAGCGAUGGCGCGGGGCCCGAGGCGCGGGGGCCGUCCCAGCACUCUGGCCCCGUCCCAGGGAUGUACAGGAUUUGUAAAGCUCACUUCCUCUUGCCGUGCAGAGCUGUUCAAAGAUGUUUUAUGAGACGUUUGUACUUUCAAAUAAAGAAUGGUUUUCAGUA